AUGCAAGGAACUGUACGUGUCUGGGGUAAAUUGGCACGAAUACGAUCAUGUCGCCACUAUUCUGUACCAUCUGCUACUGCUAUACACGCGAAUCUGGACCCAUUCACUGAAAUACUGAAAACAUUUGAUGCUCCAAUUCGUUAUGCUGUUGCGUACGGGUCGGCUGUGUUUCCUCAAAAGGAAACGAAGAAGGAAAACAGUAUGAUCGAUUUCAUAUUUGGAGUCACGCAUCCUGAACAUUGGCACUCUCUAAACAUUCGACAACACCGCCAUCAUUACUCGGUGGUCGCCAAUCUUGGAAGCAGAACUGUUGCUGUGCUGCAGGAAAGGUUUGGUGCUGGGUUAUACUACAAUCCUGAUGUCACAGUCAAUGGAGUGAGGAUCAAGUAUGGUGUCAUUUCUAUGGAGACGCUAUUACAAGAUCUAAAGUAUUGGGAAACGUUAUAUGUUGCUGGACGAAUGCAAAAACCUCUUGCCGUCUUACGAGAUGAUGCUCGUGUGAGUCUAGCAAAUCAGCAAAACUUGAGGAAUGCUGUUCGAACUGCUCUUCUUCUUCUACCUCACGAGUUUACAGAAGAAGACCUGUUCCUCACCAUUGUUGCAUUAUCAUAUCAUGGUGAUUUCAGGAUGAGUGUGGGAGAGAACCCACGCAAAGUGUAUAAUAUCGUCCAUGGCCAGUUCUCUCAAUUACAGGAUCUGUAUAAGCCUGUUGUAGAGAAUCUUCCCAACGUGUCAUAUGCCUAUGAUGAUAAACUUCAGCAAGACGAAGAUGUCAAGUUGAAGGGAAUCAUGCUGCAACAGCUUCCGCCUCGAUUUCUUGACCGAAUUCGACACCAUCACAGGUGGUAUCUCUCGCGAGCUGGACUUCAAAAUCAAGCGCCUCAAGGCGAACCAGACUUCUCUAGGUCCAUAGCUGAGUCGCCGGAAUUGUCUUUAUAUACCCAAAAAGCUUUGGCUGAAACCAUUUGGUGGCCGGCACUUACACAAUCUAUUAAAGGUAUACUGACAGGUGGACUGUCACGAAGCUGGCAGUACGUUCUUGCCAAAAUGAAGAAAAGAUAUGGCAAGUCAAAAUGA